AUGCCUGCCCUACAGCGGGAUAUGGGUGACGCCCACGUCACAGCCACCGACAAUGGGCAUGUCAACGGACACGCUACCAACGGGACGCUGAGCUCUUCCGAGACCACCAAUGGGGUCCACAAAGUCGAUGACGAUCUGGACGUAGUCAUUGUCGGGGCCGGGUUUGCGGGCUGCUAUCUGCUCUACAAGUUGCGAAAGGCCGGGUUUAAGACCAAGAUGGUCGAGGCUGGCUCCGAUUUGGGGGGUGUAUGGUAUUGGAACUCGUAUCCGGGGGCACGGGUGGACAGCCAAUACCCGAUAUACGCCUACUCGUUGCCAGAGGUGUAUGAAGAUUGGACUUGGACGUCGCACUACCCAGACCACGUCGAGCUGAGGCAAUACUUCGCCCACGUCGACAAGAAGCUGCAUAUCAAGAAGGACACGGUCUUCAACGCCAAAGUCGUGUCGGCCGAUUUCGACGAGGCGACCAACAAGUGGACUUUGACGUGCGACACAGGCCAGAAGUUCCGCGCGACGCACUUCAUCGCCUCGCUCGGGUUCGCCGCGAAGCGGUAUUUCCCGGACUGGGAGGGGCUGGAUUCGUUCGAGGGCGUGAUCCACCACAGCUCGUUCUGGCCGCACGAAGGCGUCGACGUGCGUGGCAAGCGGUGCGCCGUCAUCGGCACGGGAGCAACAGGUGUACAGAUCACGCAGGAAUGGGCCCGCGAGAUCGGCGACGAUGGGGACCUCAAGAUGUUUCAGCGCACGCCCAACCUGGCCUGCCCCAUGCGGCAGGUCUACCUCACCCCCGAGCAGCAGGAGAAGGACAAGAAGAACUACCCCGAGCUAUUCAACGAGCGGUGGAACAACUAUAACGGUUUUCUGUACCAGUACCGCGCCGAGAUGAUGUUCGACUACACGCCCGAGGAGAGAAAAGAGUUUUUCGAAAUGCUGUGGAAUAUGGGCGGAUUCCGCUUCCUGAUGAACAACUACUACGACAUGACGCGCGAACUCAAAGCGAACCGGGAAGCGUACAACUUCUGGCGCGACAAGGUACGCGAGCGCGUCAAGGACCCCGUCAAGGCAGAGCUCCUGGCACCCUGGGACCCGCCGCACCCGUUCGGGGCCAAGCGGCUAUCUCUAGAGCAGGACUUUUACGACCACUUCAACCGGCCCAACGUGCACGUGGUCGACAUGAAGAGUAAUCCGAUCGUGCGCUUCGAACCCGGCGGUAUCAGGCAACAGGACGGCACAUUCCACGAGCUUGACAUCAUCGCGCUGGCGACAGGGUUCGAUUCCAUCACGGGUGGGCUCAAGGAUAUCGCGAUCCGCGGCGUGGGCGGCUCAUUGUUAAGCGACAAGUGGAAGACCGGGACAUGGGCGUACCUGGGUCUCACGACUUCGGGCUUCCCGAAUUUCUGGUUCACGUACGGCCCGCACGCGCCCACGGCGUUCAGCAAUGGCCCCUCGUGCGUCGAGAUCCAGGGCGACUGGCUGGUCGAGCUGUUCAGCCUGAUGCGCGAGACGGGCCAGAGCAGGGCCGACGCCCGGCCCGACGCCGAGGAUGAAUGGCGCGCCCUGGUCAAGGAACUCUCCCUCAAGGGCGUCCGCGGACACACCGACUCGUGGUACAACGGCGCCAAUAUCCCCGGCAAGCCCAAGGAGCCGCUCAACUACGCGGGCGGCAUUCCGCAGUACAUCAAGACCCUGGCGGAGGUCAAAGGGCAGGGGUACAAGGGGUUUGAGAUACAGUAA